UUAUAAUUGAGUAUUGUAAAGAUGAGAGCUUUUGUUCCCAUUUUGCGCUUUCUUAACCUAAAACCAACCAUGAUUCUGUUUCGGCGUGCGUUGUUUAUGAUAUAGUGUAUCUUAUGACUUAUGAGUGAAGGGCAUAACCUAGUGGUGGUAACUAUAACCUCAACGGUUUUUAACGAUUAUAUCAUCAAUGUUCAACCGUAAUCAGGCAAAAAAAUCAUUCGUUGUAUUUUUGGUAUGCUUUCUUGAGUCGAAUGUAAUGGCAGAUUGGUGAACAUAUUUUUCUGUAACUUAACAUAUAUUGAUUCGGCUUUAAAAAAUAUCUUGAUUCGACUUGACAUAUAUACUAGGGGUUCCUUGUAAAACUAUGACCAGUGAAGAUAUAUUAUCCUUUUAAAACUCUGAACUUUUAAUAUAUAUUAGAUUUUGACCUGCGGUUGAAAGUGCAUAUUUUUUUUUGUUAUAAUAAAUUUUGAUAUAAAUUAGUAUUUUGUGAUUGUUUUACAUUAUUAUGUUACAAAGUUAAAUUAUGUAAAAGAAAUAAUUUUUAAAAAAAUAUAUAAUUCAUGAAUUACUUUAUUUGGAAUUCUGUAUAAAUCUUAUGUAAUUUUUUCUUACGCAUGGGUAUUUUAUAUAGACCCUGAAAAACCAAACCAAAAUUAACUCGAAAAUACUGGUUCAUGUCGGAUCCAGAGAAAAAUACGUAUUUUUUCGGAAAUACGGGUUUCUGUUCGUGUCUGAGACCUAUCCAAAAUCCGAUUGGGAGCCAAUGUACCCAAAACGUCUCCGAUGUCGAUUUUAUGCAGUUUUAUUAAUCAAAUAAUUCAAAGAAGUUUUGAAUUUUGGUUAUAAGGCGUGGCCCACAUUAAAAUAAGUUUUGAUGUGAUAUUUUUCCUUUUGUCAACACAAGUUUUACAAAAAAAAAUUGUAUUUUAGACAAUAAAAUAGUACUUUUACACAUUAGGUCUUUUCUGACGGACAGCGCCGGUGCAGAACUAUGAACUUAAGGGUCAAAGAGAUGAACAGAGGAGCAAGGAAUCUGAAACAACCAGCUUCCGAGCAGGAUUUCACGCAAUGUCAGAGUAUUUCCCAGAUAAGGGAUGCAAAAGCAGACAACAACUCAUCACCAUUGUUUAAACGGAAGAAAAGAAGAGCUAAUCGCGCGUAUAACCUGUUGGUCAUGCGCUGUUAUUUGGGUCUACCUCUCAGAACAAAAAGAAGAAGAAGAAGAAGAUAUAUGUCCGAGAUUCCUCUCGAUCUCUUGGUCGAAAUUCUCAUCAGACUGCCGGGAAAGUACUUGGCAAGGUCCAAGUGCGUCUCAAAGCAGUGGUCAUCCCUCAUCUCUUCUCGGUAUUUUUGCGAACGUUUACUUACGAUCACACAACGGAAACAGCAACCACAUCUAUACAUGUGUUUGGUGGAUAGAGACGGGCAACGUGAACUUCUGUCCAUGUCAUCAACGUCUCCAGACAACACUUGUUUCGUGGUGGACCGAGAUUUGAGCAUCCCAGGGAUGGGAGGCUACUUCUUGAACGGCCUCCACGGCUUGAUGUGUUUCUCAAUGGGGGAAAAAGUUUGUAUAUACAACCCCAGCACCGGACAGCGUUUGACCUUACCCGAGAUAAAGCCCGACAUCAUAGCCGAACCAGGUCAAAUUAGGUGUGUUCAGCAGAACCAUAUCGGAUACGACCCUGUUGAUAAUCAGCACAAACUAUUAUCCACAAUUGUUAUACAUUCGGACAAGUUGGUUAAUCUGCAGACAGAGCACUGGGUGUUCGUGCUAGAACCAGGAGCUUCUUGGAAAAAAGUUGUUCCCCCUGAGAAUUAUCGUCAUCAUGUUCCUUUCAUACCAGGCAUAUCUAUCAGUGGAUCAGUAGUAUAUUAUUUGGCUUGGCUUGAUAUGGACACUCAUGCAAUUGUGAGUUUUGACGUUAGGUCUGAAGAGUUUACUACCAUCAUAGCACCUUUGGUGGAUGUUAGAUAUCUUAUUCCUGCAUUUGAGAUGAGGGCAGAACUUAUAGAAUAUGGUGGAAAAAUAACUAUUUUCGAAUAUAGCUACUUAAAAACUGAGGGUACGACGGUAUUAUGGGUAUUGGAAGAUGCUGAGAAAAAGGAAUGGUCGACGAGGAACCUAGUUUUGCAGCCUUGUCAGAUGCAUUUAGUCCAAGAUAUUGAAUUGAUUGUAAAGGGCACAACUCAAGACAACAAAGUUAUCUUAGCACCUAUGGAUGUGCAUUCAUCUGGAUUCUACAUUUUGCGUUAUGAUUUGCAAAGCAAUGACUUGAGUAAGGUUGAAAUCAAAGGAAUACCACACCUAUGGUUUGACAAAGAGUGCUACUUUGACUUGAGGUUGGUGAAUGAGAGUAGUGUCAUCUACUUGGAAACUUGACCACUAGCUUUUUAAUAUGAAUGAGAGUGAGAGCACCCAUGGGUCUGGUCGAUCAUUCACCCAGGCCAAUGUCAAAAACCAAGUUCAGGUGGACGGUGUGAUCAUCCUUGGUGCGGAACUCCCAUUCUUGUGACCACUCCCGUUGGCGAGACAGUAGCUGAUAUGGUAAACGAGGGUCGUUUUGGUCCAGAAGAUGCUAUAAGAUGUUGCCAUGAUUGCUUAUCUGCACUUUCUGGCUCCUCUUCAGCUGGAAUUCGCUUAUCUGCACUUUGCAAUGAAUCUUCACUUCUCCUCUACUUUGUGCUGCCUCAGAUGCAGAGAGCUUGAUCAACAUGCUUUAUUUCUGUUUUGGAGACUUGCCUGAUUUGGAUUCAGUUGAAGGAGCUCUUCAGUGGAGAAAGACCUCUUGGUCCAAAACAUUGAUUCAAAGCGUUUUCUGACUACGUUGACAGUCUAUGUGGGACACCAUAUCCGUUAGAUUAUGGGAUAUGGCUGAGAAGAUUGAAGAGGAAUAUUUCAGAUGAUCAUGGUAAAGAAAUGGAAACUUCAGGCUAAGCACUAGUUGUUCAUCUAUGUAGUAAUGGAGGUCCUUAUAUAAAACAUUCGAUUCCUUUCAACAUUCUUUCAGGUGCUCUCUGCUUUAACCUGUCCGAGACUGGAAAGCUUUACGAUGAGACGUAACCUCCGGUUUUGCCAAGUCUGAACUGUUAUGUUCUUAUACAGGAUCUUUGGCAUGGAUUAGAUUCUGUGUGUUUCAUUCACUGUAUUAUUUUAUUGUAAUGAGUAUUAUAAAGGUGAGAGAGCCUGUUCCCAUUUUGACUUGUGUUAGAGUUUACGAGUUUUCAUUCUGUGUUCAAUCCGACAUUGAUUCUUUUUA